AUGUCGAAAUUGGCUUCUCUGUUUUUGCGUGGUAGCCGUUUGGCAUUUACAAAUGCUAGGACAGUGGGUUCUCGUCUUCUUUCAUCCCACAAACAAUGCAAUGCUAUCAAUUAUUGUGCUAUUGCGACCAGGACUUAUUCAUCUCAAAUCGACCGGAAGUUCAAUCAAGUCUUGACCAAUGAAAUCAAGCAAGAAAAAGAAAACUCCUUCACAUGCAAUCCCCCAGCAGGAUUCCAAGUAGCUAAACGCGAAGGAUGUGAGUUUGUCUUGCGCAAAGAAUAUAGCGAUGGAGUCGUUUCCCCUGGUGCAGCCGAAGAUGAGGAUAUGGCAUCAUCUGACAGAAAACCAGAGGAGGAUGUACCAUUGGAAGCCCGUCCAGAUCUGCGCAUCAAGCUAACAAAACCCAGCGGCCGAGCUGUCAUUUUUAACUGCAGUCUCCCAAGCCGAGAAGUUGAACAACAACUUACUACUGAAGAAGAAAACAACCUUCCCACUUAUUCCGUGGAUUCUGUUGAGAUGGAACGGAUCCCAGGUUACUUUGUGUACACUGACCUGUUUGACGAUAACAUGUAUGAGCACACAAUGCAACUGCUAAUGGAGCGAGGACUCAAUGCUGACUUCCAACAGGAAUUACAGGACUUCUGUACUUCAGAAGAGCACAAAUUAUAUCUCAGCUUUUUGGAUGAGUUCCAGGCUUACUGCAAAGAAUGA